AUGGGAGUGCGGAACCUAGAGAAAGGGCAGAAAGCAUUGGAUGAAGUCAACGCCCGCAAGCCCCAGGGCACACUGAGCCUCCUUGCCCUCGACGUGUCGAACGACGACAGCAUUCACGCCGCAGCCAAGAAGCUGGAAGCCGACUACGGCCGCCUUGAUGUCCUCAUCAACAAUGCCGGCAACCAAGUACAGCCUCGAUUCCCAACGCGCGAGCAGCUCCGUGAAAGUUUUGAAACGAAUGUUUAUGGCCCGGUGAUAGUGACGCAGACCUUGCUUCCCCUCAUCACGGCUUCUCAUGGCAAGAAGAUCAUCAACGUAUCCUCGGAGCUGGGAAGCAUUACUGGCGGCUCAAAUCCCAGCCACCAUGCCUAUCGCAAUCCAUUCACGGCUUAUCGAAUGAGUAAGGCAGCCCUCAACAUGCUCAGCGCAACCACAUACGCCCACCUCAAGGACCAAGGCGUCAAGGUUUGGAGCUUCUGUCCAGGGUUCGUCGUCACCAACCUCGCAGACCAAAGGGACAGGAGGGCUGCUAUGGGCGCUGAGAGUUCGGAAACGAGUGCGCAGGCAAUCUUGGACAUAGUGGAAGGCAAGAGGGAUGCAGAGGCGGGCACAUUCAUUGGUCGAUAUGGUCGCCAGAUUCCCUGGUGA